UUUUAUCUUUAUUAACUUAUCAAGUGUUUUUGUGUUUGUUUUUGAUUCUCAGUUAAUUGCACAAUAUGAGUGAUAGUGAUUUUGAAGAAACAUUAUCUGAUUUUUUGAGUAAAAAGAAGACUUCUAAGAGUCCUGAGAAAACAAUGGAAAAGGCUGGUGUUUCUCCUCUUCGUAGGAGUUCGAGAAGUAAAGAAAUUAUUAAAUCUAAUGCUGUUGUCUGUGUAAAAGAGAAGAAAGCAAUUGUGAAAUAUAAGUCUGUGAAGAAGGAUGUUGCUUGUAAAAGAAAAGGAGAUGUUGUUUUGCACCAAAGAGAUAUCAAGAGGAAAAGGCUUGGUAGUGAUAACUUGAAUAAAAGUGAUUCUAUGCAGAAGUUUGAUUUGUUAAUUGAUCCAAAGGAACGUUUUGUUGGGAAAGUUGGAAAUGCAAGUUCCAAUUCAGUGAUCAAAAAUAUAAAGUUGAAGCUUAAUGAUGAUCAGUUAUCUAUUUUAAAGAACAGUAGGUUUGGUUCCUUUUUAUGGCUGGACAAGGAUGUACUUAGUCUUAGACUCAUACAUUCUAUACUUUUAAGGGAGGUGCAUCAUGCCAAUCUUUCUGAACUUUGGUUUAAUUACGGAUCUCAGAUUCUGCGUUUCAGUUUGUAUGAGUUUGGUCUCGUUAGCGGUCUUGUUUGUGGAAGUGACGAGUCAAGAUUUUCUGGUUAUUUUGAGGAUGGUGAUUUUUUUAAUAAAUUUUUUAGUGAUGAGAGCAAGAUUACACGUCAGGUUAUUGAAGCAAAAUUUCUUGAUGCUGUUUGGGAGAAUGAUGAUGAGGCUGUAAAGUUUGCGAAGCUUUACAUGGUGCAAUGUUUUAUUUUGGGUAAUCUUGGGACUACUUUGAUUGAAGAUCGUUUCAUUCACUUGCUGGAUAGUUCUGAUUAUGAUGAUUUUCCAUGGGGGAAAUAUUCGUUUGAAUUAUUUGUUCAGUCUACUAAGAACAAGCUCUCAAGUAAACUGAAGUCAUCAAGUCAAUCUACCUUCUAUCGACUUUAUGGAUUUCCGUAUGCCAUCCAAUUCUGGUUUUAUGAAACAUUAGUUUCUGUGCCUCAGUACCUGUGUACUUUGAACGAUGCUGCUGCCUAUCCUCGGUUAAUGCGUUGGAUACCGAAGGAUAUAAAAAAAAUGCAGAACUUUGAUUUUAAAGUUUUUGAUGAUGAAACUGAAAAGGUCACAGUCCUUUCAAAUAUUGUAGCAACUGACGAUGAGUCUGGUAGUCUUAUUGUUAAUGGACUCUAUUAUCAAGGUCACGUUGCUGCGCAAGAAAGAAAUGAUGCUUGUAUAGCUGAAGUUAGAAUUAUGGAAGUGGCAAGGUCUGCUUGCGUUAACUUUGUCAAGGAAUUGAAAGCUCAGAUUUUUGACAAUGAUGUUGAUUAUUCUGAUUUGGAGAGUGACGUUCGAAAGCGCAUUUGUGCUUCUGUUGAUAAUUUUGAAGUAAAUCAAUUAAGUAAUAUUUUCAAAGUCAAUUCUGGAAAGGCUGAAACUGUAGAAAAGAAGAUACAUAAUUCUGUUGAUAGUGAAGAUGUUGACUAUGAGACUGAUAAUGAGAAAAACAUUGGCUCUUCGGAAGAAACUGCGAAUGAUGAUAGCGUGUCUUAUGAGGUUUUGAGGCGGAGUGCUGAUGUCCAGCAGAAUGUUCAGCCGAAUGAUCUUGAUAAUAGUAAAAAUGAUGAACCUGUUGGUGAAUGUGUUGAUGGUGAAAAGAUUGUUACUGAGGUUAAUGUAGAGUUGGAAGGCUUAUUGCAUGAUAAUCCUGAAAUUGAGGAAGGAAUUUGUGGUGAGAUGGAUGGUGGUGUUGUUGCUGAAGCUGACACUGUUGUUGAUGACUCGGAGAGGAAUUUUGACGUGGAUGCUCUUUUUGAUAGUAAUCCUAAUGAGUCUACUGAAAACAUUGAUGAAGUUAAGCAUGCUGAGUUGGCUGAGAAAAUUGAACAAGUUGAGGAAGCUGAGUUGGUUGAUAAAAUGGAUUCAGAUGGAGAGGGUGAUAGGAUUCAAAAAAUUGAUGAUAUUGAGCAGGCUGAGCUGGAAGAACAAGCUAAGAAAGUUGAUCAUGUUGAUAUUGUGGUUGCUCAAGAGAAUGAAAAAUUGGUUUUAAAUGAAAAAGAAUCUGAGUUGGAGGUAUCUUUACAAUUUGGAUAAUUUGAUGAUACUGAUAUAUAAGAUAU